AUGACGGGUCAGGAAUCCUACCGCACCGUCCUGUCGUGCAUAUUCCAGCGGAAUGGCGCUUGGAACACGGAGAACUUUUCCCCGGUGAAUAUUCAAACGUGGUACGGCCGAAUGCUGGAAUUGAGUUUGGAUCUAUCAGAUUAUCCUGACUUGCCCUCCUCCACCUUCACGAUCGCCAUCCCAUGA